AUGAUCAGCAUCACGGCCAUCAAGAUACUUGCAGAUCCAAAAGACAGGGGUUAUGACGUAGACGGACUAGAGUUUCUAAAGGUAGAGGAAGAAAGUGUUUCUGAUGCAUCAAACAAUGUCAUGAAGUUUCUAGGCGGGAUGAGAAUACAAAUAGAAAUAGAGGGAGGACAUCGAAGCAAAGUGGCAUUCCAUGGAGAAAAUGCUCUUGGCAACAAACGCGCUAAAGAGCUUGAGUAUCACAUAACGUUUCAGAAACCGAGGACGGAAGUGACGACAAGAGUACUGGAGCGAAAUGUCACAUACAUGGGAGACGAAUAA